AUGGUGGAGGAAGCAUACAAGUGCUUGGAGUGUGGAAUGAACUUCUCAGAUCAAACCCAAUAUAAUAUCCAUUUACGAAUGCACAGUGGAAGGAAGACGCAUCAAUGCCUGGAGUGUGGAAAGAGCUUCCUUUGCAGAGCAGAACGAAUUAGGCAUCUAAGAAUACAUACAAGAGAGAAACCUGAUAGCAGUUCACACUGUGGCAAGAGCUUCUCAGAGAAGUCAGACUUUGUUCAUUCAGGAGACAAACCAUUUACUUCCUCAGAGGAUGGAAUGACAUUCUCUGAUGGAAAAAAGGGUAAUAUACAUUUUCCAAAGCACGGCAUAAUGAAGGCCCAUAAAUCUUUUUGGUGUGGAAAGGACUUGAAAUACAGAUCACAGUUCCUUGCGCAUCGAAGAAUACACAGAGGGGAGAAAUGUAAUGAGAAUGUAGAGAGUGGAAAGCGGUUGAGUCAGACUGGUACUCUUAAACAGCAUCAAAGAAUGCACGCAGGGGACAAACCUUAUAAAUGUUCAGAGUGUGGAAAGAGGUACAGAGAUAGUGGCGGUCUUCAAUAUCAUCAAAGAACCCACACAGGGGAGAAACCUUUUGAAUGCUCAGAGUGUGGAAAGAGAUUCAUUCACAGUGGCCAUCUAAAGGUGCACCAAAAAAUCCACACGGGGGAGAAACCUUUUGAAUGCUCAGAAUGUGGAAAGAGAUUCAAUAAGAGUAGCACUCUUACACGGCAUCAAAGAACACACACAGGGGAGAAACCUUUUGAAUGUACAGAGUGUGGAAAGAAAUUCAGUCGGAGUUGCUCUCUUCAUCUGCAUCAAAGAACCCACACAGGACAGAAACCUUUUGAGUGCUCAGAGUGUGGAAAGAAGUUCAGUCAGAGCAGCACUCUUCAGCAGCAUCUAAGAACCCACACAGAGGAGAAACCUUUUGAAUGCUCAGAGUGUGGAAAGAGAUUCCGUCAGAGUGGUGCUCUUCACCAGCAUGAAAGAAUCCACACAGGGGAGAAACCUUUUGAAUGCUCAGAGUGUGGAAAGAGUUUCCGUCGCAGUGGCGAGCUCCAGCGACACCAGAGAUCCCACACAGGGGAAAAACCUUUUGAAUGUUCACAGUGUGGAAAGAGCUUCACCUUUAGAGACCACCUUCAACAGCAUCAGCGAACCCACACAGGAGAGAAACCUUUUGAAUGUUCAGAGUGUGGAAAGAGAUUCAGUCAGAGCGGCCAUCUUCAACAUCAUCAUAAAACCCACACAGGGGAGAAACCUUUUGAAUGUUCAGACUGUGGAAAGAGAUUCACGCAGAGUAGCAGUCUUCAAUAUCAUCAAAGAACCCACACAGGGGAGAAACCUUUUGAGUGCUCAGAGUGUGGAAAGAGAUUCAGUCACAGUGGUAGUCUUCAAGAGCAUCUAAGAACCCACACAGGGGAGAAACCGUUUGAAUGCUUAGACUGUGGAAAGAGAUACAGUCGGAGUGGCAGUCUUCAGUAUCAUCAAAGAACCCACACAGGAGAGAAACCUUUUGAAUGCUCAGAAUGUGCAAAGAAAUUUAGUUGGAAUGGUGAACUUCAGCGUCACCGGAGAACCCACACAGGAGAGAAGUCUUUUGAAUGCUUAGAGUGUGGAAAGAAAUUUCAUCGGCGUGGCGAGCUUCAGCAGCACCAGAGAAUCCACACAGGAGAGAAGCCUUUUGAAUGCUCAGAGUGUGGAAAGAGAUUCCGUUGGAGUAGCACUUUUCAAAAACAUCUAAGAACCCGUGUAACUGCUUAG